CUUGGAACCUUAGACAAAGCAGUAAAUUAUUUGAAUAAUUACUCGAAUAACAAUUUAUUUCGAUAACCCACAACUGUUUCCGAAUUUGUUACAAAGUAUAUUCGAAUGCCUCGCUUGGUAGGUUUAUUGGGAUUCGUAUGCAAGUACCAAAUUGGUACACCGGUAUUAUAUAAAAAAUAAUCAGCUAUUAAUAUUUGCAAAGUUUUUCCGAGUUUUUAUUUAGCGACGAAUUAACAAUAACAUUUUUGGAGAAAUAAGAGAAGAAAGAUUGCGGUCGACAAACUCGUGAAAGUUUAUGUAACACUCUGUUUUACGUUGCGCCUAAACGUAACACACGUAAAAUCGGAAUAGUCCUUGCUCGACUUCGAUAUCCGUACAACUUUCCCUCUCAUACUGUGACAUAAUCUGUAGAGCAGUCGGAGAGCUAAAACUCGACUGCACAUUGAAAACUGUACUAGUUUAGUUCAUUAUUAUCUAGAGUGCAGCCAUGUCAAGAAACUGUUACAACCCUGCUACACUGCUGGUGGUCAUCUUUUUACUAAUAGCAUCCACCAAUCCACUCCAGCACCGAAUAGUGGUGGAAGAUUUCAACUACAAUGACUAUCAAAACUACCAAGACUACCAGUCCUUAGGGAAACUCGAUAAACCGAUCGUUGUAACCGAAAAACCAAAGAACCAUCAAGACUUCAGCAAAAUUCCGGGGAUUCCCGGAGUCGAUUUUCCUUUGUACCAUACCGUGCCACAGACAAGUUUUUCUUGCGCAUACGUUCCAUUCGUUCCAGGAAUGUACGCCAACGUGGAAACCGGUUGUCAGGCGUAUCAUAUUUGCCACGAUGGUCGUGAAGGUCAUCAAGGUGCAUCUUUUCUGUGCACAAAUGGCACCCUUUUUAAUCAACGGGAUUUCGCCUGCGACUGGUGGUACAACGUGAAUUGCGCAGAAGCUCAAUCUUUGUACAGUUUGAAUUUGGACCCAGAGAAAAAUCCUUACUUGCCAAAGGUUAAAAAGGACAGAUUGGUGAACAACAUGAGAAUUGUUGUGGUUUAGAAAUAUUUAUAACAGUUUAUCAAAAGUGUCACAUUCAUUUUAACUUCGACCAUCGAAAUGUCGCUAAAUUUUUUAAUAAUUUGGUUAAAAGGUUCCUGUAAGUGUUGCGGGAUGGAAUUUUAAAAAAGAAAGCGUCAUGUUCUGUAUAGAUGAAGACACAAUAUGAAACUGAGAGUAUAACAUCAUACCAAAUUUGAAAAAAAAAACAAAUUUUGAGUUUUAAAAGUUUCUUAUACAAAGACCUUAUUAUCUUUUGUCAAACAUUUUAUUUACAUAUUUUGUAAUAAAUUGAAGUCAGUAUUUUUA